CGCGCGGCUCUCCGCGCAUGUUGCCGUGCAGCACGCGGCAUCGUCGAUCACUCGCUAUUGAAAGUCGGCUUCUGCUACUACGACGCGGCGCCCGAGUUCCAUGGCUCCUUAUCCCCGGCUGAGAUCGGCAGGACAGUCAAGGGGAUGCUCUUGAGGGGCUGCCGGCCUCCGUGGCUGCAAGUCGCGACGCCAUGCUUCCAGGACAUUGCCCACCACGAACGGCUGGUGUUGCAAACGCUGAGGUCCUGGGCGGCCGCAGGUUCCAUUUCCAGCAUCCAUUUGGACUGCUACAUAGCCCUCACACCCGACAUUACAUCUGCCAUUGCUGCCUUCAGCCCCAACCUGAACAACCUUAGCCUCUGGUGCGGCCCUUUCUCGGAAGAGGAGAGCUCCCAUGAACUAGCUCCCAUGGCGACCGUUCAAGCGCAGCCGGAAGACAUCGAGGCCGCAGGCGCACAGGCGCAGCGGCUUCUAGGACUUACGGGAUCCACGCUGGCGAAACUUGAGAUCCAGUUGUCGUACAAUUCGGAACACAUUUGGCCUCAGAGGGCCUUAUGCGG